ACCACUUCACUAUCUCUAUUUCCUACUGCAAUUAUUACUACUCAAUUUAUUGUGAUAUCUUUAAAAAAAACAAAAGUUAAGAAAAUGGCUAAAUCAUAUGAGAAUGAACACCCAGUAAAGGCAUUUGGAUGGGCAGCUAGAGAUACUUCUGGUGUUCUUUCUCCUUUCAACUUUUCAAGAAGAGCCACGGGUGAGAAAGAUGUGCAGUUUAAAGUUAUGUAUUGUGGAAUUUGUCAUUCUGAUCUUCAUCAGCUCAAGAAUGAAUGGAGCAAUAGCAUAUAUCCAAUGGUUCCUGGGCAUGAGGUUGUUGGUGUGGUAACUGAGGUUGGUAACAAAGUGGAGAAAUUUAAGGUUGGUGACAAAGUGGGAGUUGGAUGUUUGGUAGGAUCAUGUCGCAAAUGUGAAAACUGUGACAACAAUCUCGAGAAUUACUGUCCUAAUCAGAUAAUGACAUACAACGGUAUUUACACCGAUGGAACCACCACGCACGGAGGUUACUCUGACAUCAUGGUAACGGACGAGCACUACAUGGUUCAUUGGCCGGAGAACUUGCCAAUGGAAGCCGCUCCAUUGUUAUGUGCUGGAAUUACAACAUAUAGUCCUUUGAAAUAUUUUGGACUUGAUAAGCCCGGAAUGCACAUUGGUGUUGUUGGUCUUGGUGGUCUUGGUCAUAUGGCUGUGAAAUUUGCUAAGGCAUUUGGAACUAAAGUGACUGUUAUUAGUACAUCUAGUAGUAAAAAACAAGAAGCAAUUGAGCGUUUGGGUGCGGACUCAUUUUUGGUCAGCCGUGACCCUGACCAAAUGCAGGCUGCAGCGGGCUCGCUUGAUGGCAUCAUUGAUACUGUCUCUGCAAUUCACCCUCUUCUUCCAUUGAUUAAUUUGUUAAAAACUCAUGGGAAGCUUGUAAUGGUUGGCGCGCCAGAAAAACCACUAGAGUUGCCUGUAUUUCCUUUGCUUUUAGGGAGGAAGCUAGUCGCUGGGAGUGCCAUAGGAGGGAUAAAGGAGACACAAGAGAUGGUAGAAUUCGCGGCAAAGCAUAACAUUACACCAAAUGUUGAAGUCGUGCCAAUGGACUAUGUGAAUACAGCUUUGGAGCGUCUUUUGAAAUCGGAUGUUAAGUACCGUUUCGUACUUGACGUUGGCAAUACAUUGAACAAGAGUUAGGAGGGGGACUUGGGCAAGAAAAUGAGAAUUGGAUCUACCAUGUGUGCUUCUUAUGCAUCAUAUAUUUUGCUAUGGGCUUAAUUAUGAUCUUGUUUUAGCUUGCACCUAUUGGUGUUUAUUUCUUACUAUGUUUUAUGUAUUAAAGGAAGGAUUCAGAGAAUAAAUACAUAUUGUUUUUUUCUAGGUUUGUCAUGAAAAACUCGUCUCAGUCGAUCUUGGCAUAGGUGCAUUUGAUCUUGUGGAGAUAAGGCUUUGUAAUAUUAUUUAGAGAUGGUCCUCCUAGUCAAAAUGUGUGGAUAAUCUGGUUAAUAUUCUUCCUUUCAAGAUGUCUGUUUUUGGCCA